CCCAAAUCUCACACUCAUCAACAACACAAAUCGGUCAUUCUUAAUCAAUCCCACAUUGCCUUUCCUUUCGUCAAUCCCAAUGGCUCAAACACUGUCAACUUCAUCACUUCUACUAUCACCAAAAACAGGGUACUCUGCUAAACCCAAGAACAAUGUUGUUACACCUUGCAUGGCCUCUUUUCCGACGAGGAAAGAGUUUCCUAGGCUAGAAAGGAUGAGGCUUCAGGCUUCUGCUGAUAACAAAGACCACUCUUUGGAAGUACAACAUCUUAACAAGGGCGACCAAACUACUGCGGUUGAGAGAAACCCACGUAGAACUGCCCUCGACAUUUCACCUUUUGGUCUCUUGGACCCGUGGUCACCCAUGAGGAGUAUGCGCCAGAUUUUGGAUACAAUGGACCGAAUUUUCGAAGAUACCAUGACAUUCCCCGGAAGAAACGUGGGAGGAGGGGAGAUUCGUGCCCCUUGGGACAUCAAAGAUGAAGAACAUGAGAUCAGAAUGAGGUUUGACAUGCCAGGUCUUUCUAAGGAAAAUGUUAAGGUAUCGGUGGAGGACGAUGUGCUUGUCAUAAAUGGUGGUCACAAGAGUGAACAAGAACAAGGUGGUGAUGACUCUUGGUCCAGCAGGAGCUAUAGUUCCUAUAACACCCGUUUGAAGCUUCCAGAUAACUGCGAGAAGGACAAGGUUAAGGCAGAGUUGAAAAAUGGCGUGCUCUAUAUCACCAUUCCUAAGACCAAGGUUGAACGCAAGGUUAUUGAUGUCGAAGUUCAUUGAGAUGCUUAGGCUUUGUGCUUAGCAACACUGUAUUCUACCGUACAUACUCAUAAUACGGGUAAAAUAUGUGGUAUUAAGUGUGUAAAAGAGUUGAAAUAAACUGCUGUUGUAAAA